UGACGACGGCACUAAAUCGAAAUUCUUAGCAUCAAGGUGUCAUUUCGAGUUGAAGCUUCACUUCAACUGCUCUCGUAGUAUUUUACCGCGUGGAAUAGCGUAGUGAAUUUUUUUUCAUUUUUCAAGUCACACACACAAAAAAAAGCGAUCCGGAUAUAUUUUGUUUUCUCCGUUUAUGUGACAAUCGGUAUUUUUUUGAAUACAAUUUCGUUUGUAUUUUCUUGGUGAUAUAGAUUCAGUUAUUUAUACUUAGAUUUAAAAAAAAUAACUAGGCGCAAAUUCAGUGCAUUGAAAAUAAUUCGUAAACAAGUAUCGUAGAAGAAAGCAGAAAAAAAAAAAACACAAAUACCAGAAUGGCCGACGAAGAUAUUUCAUUAACUGAGGACCAACUUCUCGAAAAUUUAGACGAUGGAAACAAUGGAGAUUCGGAAUUUUUAAAUGAGGAUGAAUCGAUUCAUCAAAUUAUCGACCCAGAAUUGGAAGCGAUAAAAGCUCGCGUCAAAGAAAUGGAAGAAGAAGCCGAAAAACUGAAGCAAAUGCAGUCCGAAGUGAAUAAACAAAUGACGCUUAGCUCGCCAACGGGCAUUUCAACCAUUCCAUUAUCACUGGAAGAGAAGAAAGAGAUUGAUGAACGAUCGAUUUAUGUAGGGAAUGUUGAUUAUGGUGCAACGGCUGAAGAGUUAGAAGCUCAUUUCCAUGGAUGUGGCAGCAUGAAUCGUGUUACGAUUUUAUGCAAUAAAGCUGAUGGUCAUCCGAAAGGAUUUGCCUACAUCGAAUUCGGUUCGAAAGAUUUCGUUGAUACCGCCUUAGCAAUGAACGAUACAUUGUUCCGUGGUCGUCAAAUCAAAGUAAUGGCUAAGCGAACAAAUCGGCCUGGUAUUUCAACGACUAAUCGUAUUCCACGCGGUUUUCGUGGUCGUGGACGCGGUGUUGCUCGUGGUGCAGCCGGUUGCUGUCACGGUUCAUUCAGAGGCACACGACGACCAAUACGCGGUUACAGAGGACGUGGAAAUUAUUAUUCGCCAUACUAAACGUUUUACGUUGAUGAGAUGCUGAUCAGAUCGGCCGGCCGUUGUGGACAAACAAAUGGAUAAUUUAGAAAAAAAAAAUAUUUCAAAAAACAUUAUACUUGUCUGCUAUUGAAUGAACGCAAAAAAAAUGAAUUACGGGAAAAAAAAUGAAAAGAAACAUUAUGAAAUACGGAAAAUCACAUGAAAAAAGGAUACCAAAAAAAAUAGUCCAGCAAAAGAGCCAGAAAAAAUUGAAAACAUAUGACCAGAGGCCACAUUACAUCGCGUAAACUGAAUAUUUUCGAACGAAAAUCUAAAUAUAUAUAUUUAAAUAUAUUACGAGUUUUUAUCGAGAAAUAAUGUUUUUUGAAGAAACAUUUUUACACCUCGCUUUCCUACUUAAUGAUGAUGAUGAUGAUGAAAAAAAAACAUGAGCACAAAAAUAACAAAAAAUAAUGGAAAAAAAGAAAAAAAAAAAACAAAUAAAUUUAAUGAGAAAAAAAUCAAAUAAAAAUAAAAUGGAAAAAAAAAACUCAAAACAACAGAAAAAAAUCAGUAUAAAAAAUGUUUAUCGAAUAAGAGUCAAUAAAAAUAUAUCGAAGAAAUAGUUCAAGAGCACCAAUGCAUAAAAAGAAAAAAAAAAUGAACACGAGAAGAAUAUGAAGAAGAAGAAGAAAAAUCAGAGAUAAGGAAUAUAAAAUAGCGAUGAUAAUAAAAAGAACAAUAUGUAAAUGAUAAUUUACUGUGUGUUUUAUUCAUUUUAUGUUUCUCUCGAAGUUGUAAUAUUUUAUAAAAUAUUGUUUAACGAUGUUCAAGCGCACAAGUGGACACCUCUGCUGCUUUCAAUAAGUUCAAUAAGUUUAAUUAGUUACGUUUACGUAUACCGAUUCAAGCCGAACCGAACCAAACCAUGGAUGGACAUCACUCGAUACCACGCAACACUAGAACUCAAACUUAGAGAUUAAUUAAUUCUAAAUGGAAUGUGCAUCAGAGAUAUAAGUUAAAAUAAAAGAAAACAGAAAAAUAA